CCCACCUCAGACAGAACCCAGUUGCAGACAAAGUGUCUUGAAAGGACCUCAACUACUAGAGUGAAAUUUAAAUAAUGGUUUUAGCAAUUAAUCAGAAACUGUACACCUCUUGGAUUCCCGUUUAACAACCAUAUUUAUACGUCACAGCAGCUCUAUCAGCCCAGCCUCUAGAGGGACCACUUUUUGGGACCGAUGCAGACCCCUCCUCAGAUCCUCACUGUCAGUGCCUGCACCUGGGUCAGCAACUUUUGCCGGCUUGGAGAAAUUGAGACAAGCGACUCCCUGGGCCUGGAGAUCUCUGAAACCAUGUCAGUCAGCGUCCACGAAAACCGCAAGUCCCGGACCAGCACGGGCUCCAUGAACAUCUCUCUGUUCCAUAAGCCCUCGCAUCCAGACAGCGUGCUCACCCACCUCAACACCCUCCGAAAGCAGUGCAUGUUCACUGAUGUGACUCUGUGGGCAGGGGACCGCUCCUUCCCCUGCCAUCGGGCCGUACUGGCCGCAUGCAGCCGCUACUUUGAGGCCAUGUUCAGUGGAGGCUUGAGGGAGAGCCUAGACAGCGAGGUGAACUUCAGAGACAGUGUGCAUCCAGAGGUGCUGGAGCUGCUGCUUGACUUUGCCUACUCGUCACGCAUCAUCAUCAAUGAGGAGAACGCAGAGUCGUUACUCGAGGCUGGAGACAUGCUACAGUUCCACGACAUCCGAGACGCUGCCGCAGAGUUCCUGGAGAAGAACCUGCACUCGUCCAACUGCCUGGGCAUGAUGCUGCUGUCCGAUGCCCACCAGUGCAAACGGCUAUAUGAGCUCUCCUGGAGGAUGUGCCUGGUGCACUUUGAGGCGGUGCGGGACACGGAGGACUUCUACGGCCUCAACAAGGACAAGCUGCUGGACCUGAUCCUCAGUGACGAGCUGGAGAUCGAGGAUGAGCAGAUCGUGUUCAAUGCCGUGAUGCGCUGGGUACGAUACGACCUGGAUGGCCGCAGAGACUACCUCCCUGAGCUGCUGCGGGGCAUCCGCCUGGCCCUGCUGCCCUCUGAGUGUCUGAUCGAGGCGGUGGCCUGCGAGGAGCUGGUGAUGUCAGACAAGAGGAGCCGUCAGAUCGUGGAUGAGGCCAUGCAGUGCAAGAAGAAGAUCCUGCAGAAUGACGGGGUGGUCACCAGCCCUUGUGCCCGGCCCCGCAAGGCAGGCCACACGCUGCUCAUCCUGGGAGGACAGACCUUCAUGUGUGAUAAGAUCUACCAGGUGGACCACAAAGCCAAGGAGAUCAUCCCCAAGUCAGACCUGCCCAGCCCCAGGAAGGAGUUCAGUGCCUGUGCCAUCGGCUGUAAGGUCUACGUGACUGGGGGGAGGGGUUCUGAGAACGGGGUGUCCAAGGAUGUUUGGAUCUAUGACACGGUCCACGAGGAGUGGUCUAAAGGAGCGCCUAUGUUGAUAGCACGUUUCGGCCAUGGCUCUGCUGAACUGGAGAAUUGCCUGUAUGUGGUGGGCGGCCACACUGCCAUAGCAGGCAUCUUCCCUGCCUCCCCCUCAGUCUCCCUCAAACAGGUGGAGCGGUAUGACCCGCUAACCAACAAAUGGACCAUGAUGGCGCCGCUCAGAGACGGCGUUAGCAAUGCAGCCGUGGUCAGCGCCAAGCUAAAGCUGUUUGUCUUUGGUGGCACCACCAUCCACAGAGACAAGGCCUCCAAGGUGCAGUGCUACGACCCUCUAGGAAACCGCUGGGCCAUCGCAGCAGAGUGUCCGCAGCCGUGGAGAUACACGGCCGCCGCUGUUCUGGGCAGUCAGAUCUUCAUCAUGGGUGGAGACACUGAGUUCACCGCCGCCUCCGCCUACCGCUUUGACUGUGAGACCAACCAGUGGUCUCGUGUUGGGGAUAUGACUUCUAAAAGAAUGAGCUGCCAUGCUGUGGCCUCUGGAAACAAACUGUACGUGGUGGGGGGCUACUUUGGGACGCAGCGCUGCAAGACGCUAGACUGUUAUGACCCCACGUCCGAUAGCUGGAACAGUAUAACCACAGUGCCUUACUCACUAAUUCCUACUGCGUUCGUAAGCACCUGGAAACAUCUACCAGCCUAGCAGCCUCUACAUGAAUAAGGAGAGGUCUCCAGAACUGGGUGUCACAUGUUUCCGGCCAUAGUGACUGGCAGAGGCUUGCUAGGGCCUGCCUGCCCGCAGCACAGCGUGACGUGUGUCCAUCGGGUGACGGGUGUGGUUCCGCCAGGGUCGCCAAUUCCUGCUCGCCCCCCCCCCUCAGAUUAAAGACUGUUCCAGAUUAUCUGAGCUGUGCGUGGUCCAACGACAGAACACAAGGUCCUCCAAGAGGGAUGUCAUCAGCUGGCUCUACUCCUUCAUAGCACAAAGAGACAUCCACACCAUGCUUCCGAACAGUCUUAUCCAUGACCAUGGAGAGAAACAGACACUUUAUAUACAGACCACUGACUUGGGUUGGGUAUAUUACUCAGUAUUUCUGACUGAGGCCAUUUUUAAAUGUCUUCUUCUUUUGAGGGAUCCACUACUAGAUCAUUCCACCUCUCAACCCGGGUGAAAUAGCCUCAAGGGCUGAUGUGUUUUUGUAAAUGACAGUUGAUAAACUACAGUAAGCAGGAACACUAUCCGUUGUGGUGCUGUAGGCUCUCAGCACACAGGAUUUAUGAACUUGCAAUAGCAAGUCAACUUUAUAAAACAAUGAGAUAUAUUACAAAAACACAAAAAGUAUCAUCUACCUUUCAGGGGAAAUCGUUUUUGUUUGUUUUUUAAACUGCUUUUUGUGACUCGGCACAAUUAGCUGUUGUAGACCUUAUCAUUUGAGUAUUUCUUGACAAACAAUACAUAUGUAUUCAUUGUGGUUGAUAUGUGAUUUAGUGAUACAACAUUUGCACUUGGCACUAAACAUUUCCCACUGGGCACAGACGUCAGUUCAACGUCUAGUUUUGACUUACAUUUGUUGACAACUCAAAUGUAAAUUGAAUGUGAAAUCAGCUGAAGAUGCCACCAUGUCAUUGGAUUUAGGUAAAAAAAAAAAUGAUUAAACUUCAUAUACAUUUCUGGGGGGGUGAAAUUAUGUGGAAACAACAUUGAUUCAAGCAGUUUUUGCUCAGUGGGUUGAUAAUGGGUCAAUGAGGGUACUAACCUUUGAUACUGGGAAUUUUUUCUCUGAAUUUGGUUUAUUUCUGGAGUUUGCUUGUGGGAUGACAGCCGCACAGAAGCUACAAACUUUUUUUCCAGCAGCCCCUGAUAGGAAGGAGAACUUAACAGGAACUUUUUAAUGAUAGAAACUCACUUUUAAACAGCAGUUUUCCAUGUGAGGGGUGCCUUUAAGGACUGUAAUAAGGCCUCCUUGUGAACUGAAUUCCUUGUGCCUAAUACUGGUAGGAAGGUUUGUCAUAAUUUCACUCAGUGUACGAAUAAAUGACUUUUUGAUGCAUGUUGACUGGUUCCAUAAGUACAGGGAAAACGGCUUAAAUGAGUGCCUCAGCUUGCCGUCUUGACUUGUGUCACACCUCUAAUGCAGACAUUCCAGAGGGCUUUGAAGUAGAGAAAAUCAGCUUAUGAUAAUAAUUAGAGAGUUGGCUUAAGACCAGUGGGGAUUUAUUCCAGAAUGUCAUCCCUUUUCUGACAUGGUUACUCUGAUGAGAAUGUUAAUAGAACACUUCUGAGUGAAUGGGCACAGAGCUAAGUCAGCCAAAUAGUAGAAGUAGUAGUAAGCUCACUUCACUGGCUAUAGCAACGACAAUGCACAUAUGUUCUCAUGGUAGGUAAGAUGAAUUAUUUAAUGCAAGGUUUUUUGGAAGCACAGUUCAGUCCAUAUUUUAUUUUGCUAUAGGAUUCAAAACACUAUUACUAUUCCAGUAUGCAACAUCAAAUGACCCAUUCUGUAUUUUCACUUGUAUAUACAAUCCUUCCUUUAUGAGCACCAAUAUAAAGACCCUGAGACAAACCUAGCGAAGGCAACGGUAAGUUAGCCUUGCUCAGCCUGCUGAAUACAUUGUCUGCCUAAAUGAAUGAUUUAAGGUUUUAUUCAUAACGCAGUUUGCCUAGCAAUCCUCUCCUCCACAGGAUACAAGGGUCUUAUCCUGUAAUGUUUGCACUGCUACAGUGAGAAGCUAUUAGCACGACACAUUAGGCUGGGAGUGAAAGGUGUGGAAGCGGACCACGACUGAUAUUUCCUGCUCCUUCCUGGCCCCUCAGGGAAAAGAAACACAAACUUUAGAUUCUCUCAGCUUUUUAAGGUGAAAGGAAAGUUUAAAAACAAGUAUAAUCCCCAGGCUCCAGCCAUUAAAAAAAAAUAAAGUCAAAAUGGGUAUAUUCCUUUAGACGUUCACUCAUCAUCCUUACAUCCGUCCAAAUAAUAACACCCACCCAAUCUCCCAGUCGGACUGUCAGUGACAGUAUGGCCACAAGGUUGCUGCGUCUCUGUUUAUAGCCCAUUACAGACAUAUUUCCCCCUCCCCUUUAAUCAGCCUGUGUGGCUGUCAGCCCAGAAGCUUUAGCAGGAGUUCCAAAGGCAGCCAAGGGCACAGGCAGGCGUUUCGCCAGGCAGCAUAGCAAGCCCCCUGGGCAGGUGGAAGGUGAGUCCUCUGCCAGGAGACGAUCCGACCUGCCUCUCAGCCGUCUGGACAGACCACCUGCUGCCCUACAUCAUCACUGAUAUCACAUAUCAUCCAAUAUCACCCUCCUUCCAACGCACAUAAUGUAGUGCCCUUAGGGUUCUAUGAGGGACUGCUAAUAUCACACUCCUUUUUCAUUAUGACCAGUUAAGAUUGUAUGUGUUCAAUGACCUAGUAGAUUUAUGGGCUUGUUCUGCAUGGGAACUACAGCCAGGUGUUUAAUUGGGAUGGAACUGAUCCCCAAAAAUGAUUAGUUGCUUUUCCAUACUUAUUUCACUGAGAAAACAGAUAAUUUGCAAGUAUAAGCCUAUGCUGUUUUCCAUUCUAAGAUGAUGGCACAGGUGUAUCACUGUACUACAUAAUGAGCUACUCUACCUAACUACUUUCAGGCUGCAGCACCUCCAAACUGCGAAAUGGGAUGGUCUGUGCAUGACCCUAAUAGCAUGCUAGCGUUCACAGGGAGCUGACUCUCAUUGAAAUGCAGCAGCAGAGUUGUUCUGUUUUUUUUCCUUAGCUGCUUCAUAAUUGAGCAAUCCUGGAGCAUCCUCACUCAUGUAUAUUUGAGCAUAUCCACUCCUCUCUUCCCAGUUCACAAAAUCCCUCAAGCAAUACUUAAAUCUCGCUAAACUUCACAGGAGUUCAAAGUGCAACAAUUGUAUUUUCAUGAAAGGCUAUUACAUAGUACAUUGAAGUAUUUUUGCCUACUGUUUUACUGUUAAGAAAAGAGAAUAAAGAAUGUCUUGUUUUUUCAA